UGAUUGUCUUUGAGUGUAUCAGUGAUGCUUUAUGAGAGCUCGCCGACAAAGUGCUAAAUGAUUUUGGAGACUGAAAUAUGCCAGGAUGUCGCUGUUAUGUUUAUUUUAUAAAGAUUAAAUCACUCUGAGUGUGUUUAUAUAAUCUAACAAGUGUUCUUAUAGCUGACUAAAGCAUUUUCCAUGAGAACGGGCCUUCGCUGUGACUACGUCCAAGAGUUGUUGUGAAGAGUUCGAUUCGAAAACUUCCCAGUCGAGCCACAGGCGCCAAAACUCCACUCUCAAAGAAACUACCGACUGCCAGCGCCGCACAACAGUAUUUUAAUUACCACUUCUAUAUUUGGAAUAUUUAAGUCAAAGGAUCAGUGAAGUAGCAGCUAUUCAGGUUUCAUAUCAUGUUGGCCAUUGUGGUGUGGUUGGCGUUAACGUGGAGUCUUGCCAGAGCAGUUGUAAUUAAUGCGGUUUUAGAACCAGAGCUCGAACCAAUAGCCGAAGAUCCGUACACCUUGAAAUGUCACAAGAAACAAUACACCUACAUGGUAACUCAGUCCGAUGAAAACGGCAAACAAUGCUGGGAUAAGAUCUCCGUUACUGCCUGUUGGGGACGUUGCGAUUCUAAUGAGAUAUCAGAUUGGAGAUUUCCAUUUAAGAAAUCCAAUCAUCCCGUCUGUGUCCACUUCGGCCGUACGAAAAUGUUUGUGACCCUAAGAUACUGCGAAGACGGCGUCAGGGAAGGUACUGACUAUUACGAAUAUCUAGAUGCUACUGAAUGUAAAUGUCAAAUGUGCACAUCUAACGAUACUAGUUGUGAAGGGUUAAGUUACCGGCCUCAAAGAUCACGUUCGUCAAAUUUGGGAUUCAUAUAAUGACAAACAUUAGAUAAAGGUUUUGAUUAAGGAUAUUAAAUGUAAUCUUUUCAUUUCUUCCCCGAUCCCGUAUCCGUCUUCUUCAUGUCUAGUUUUUUUCUUAUAUAUGCAUAUUCGUACAUAUUAUAUUUUGUAAGUUAUUUUAUUAAUAACGUCGUUAAUUUAUUGAGGAGAAAAUAAAUAGAAUUAUGGCGUA